AUGAGCAACAAAAUUUAUGAUUUCAAUUCAGAAGUCUCCAAACAAGAAGGAAAAUUCAUUCGAAGUCCUUCCAAAUUUCGAAAUCAAGUCACGUCCCACACAAUUCCCAAUUCCGAUUCGAAUCGAACAAAUGAACAAUUCAAUUCUAAAUUUCCUGUCGAAGCCGAUCGAUACACUCUCUACCUCGCUCAUGCUUGUCCUUGGUGUCAUCGAACCGAUCUCGUUCGAGUGUUGAAAGGUCUCGAAUCAGUCAUUCGUGUCAUUUAUGUCGAUCCAAUUUUGACCGAUCAAGGUUGGAGAUUUUCACAACCAGAAACCGAUUCUGGAUUGAAUGCGACCUUACUUCGAGAAAUUUAUUUACAAUCGGAUCCAAAUUAUGAAGGAAAAUGCACUGUUCCAGUCUUGUAUGAUCGAAAACAACAUUUAAUUGUUAAUAAUGAAUCGAGUGAAAUUAUUCGAAUGAUGAAUGAACAGUUUAAUGAAUUGGCAACACGAAAUCGAGAAUUGGAUUUGUAUCCUUUCGAAUUUAGAAAAGAAAUUGAUCUUGUGAAUUCUUGGAUUUAUGAGAAUAUUAAUGAUGGAGUUUACAAGUGUGGAUUUGCACAAACGCAAUAUGCCUAUGAAGAAGCGUUUCAUGCACUUUUUAAGGCAUUGCUAAAAGUUGAAAACAUAUUGUCACGACAACGAUAUUUAGUGGCAGGUGUGAAACAUUUGACAGAAGCUGAUAUUCGGUUGGUAGUGACCUUGUUGAGAUUUGAUGCAGUGUAUUAUACACAUUUCAAGUGUAAUUUGAAAACUUUGAGAUUUGGAUUUCCAAAUUUGCAUAAUUACAUGAAAGAUGUGUAUCAAUCAUUUGAUGGCAUUUUGAAAUCAACAUUCCAUGUUGAAAAAACAAAGCAACAUUAUUUUGGAUCACACCGAAAGAUUAAUCCGUUUGGAAUUGUUCCAUUGGGUCCUGAAUUGGAUUUGGAUUCACCUCCAGCGAACAGAGAAUUCUCUCAAAUUCAUGAAACAGUUAAUCAUUAA